AGCCAUGUGAACAUAAACGUGAUCGAAAAAUUCAUGUUUCGUAAUAGUUCCCUUUCCUGUUUAUUGGCCAAAUAUUAUGACUAAAAAACAUUGUGCAUUUCAUUUGGAUUAAACCACGCCUUUCAUAUGGUAGAAUAUUCAGAGUGCACACCUUCAGAAAGCGGGAAUUCAAUAUUAGGAAGAUAAGUUUUGAGUGAUGGCUUUGGGUGGUCAGUUUUUAUUGUUGAUGUGGAAGAACUGGACGUUACAAAAACGAAAAGUAUGUGUUACAGUUUUUGAGAUAUUGUUGCCUUUAUUUUUUGGAAUAAUCUUGGUACUUAUACGCCUUCUUGUUGAUCCGACUGACUAUCCACAAGAUACAAUAUGGAAAAAUUCAAACUUCACCGAUGAUGGCUUACAGAAAAUUGUUUACACCAGAAGAGAAAUUUUGUUUUCUCCGAAUGAUAGUGUAAUCAGAGAUAUUAUGAUGGAGGUGGAGAGCUCACUUAUAGCGCAGAAUAUCAAUUUUACAAAUAUUGGUAUUAAAGGAUUUAAUACCGAAAAAGACCUACUCAACCAUCAUAAUCUUUACCCGAAACAAGUUUGGGGAGCUGUAGUGUUUAAGAGCAAUCUAUCAGAUGCAAAUGUGAAGUAUGAUCUUCGAGUUUCGCCAGUAAAACCAAGUGAUAAAUGGCGGACAGGAUUAACAUACGCCUUUGCACAAACAACUAGUCCCAGGAAUAAGGAUGCCGAUGGCGGACCACCGGGGUACGUCGAGACAGGAUUUCUACUCCUACAAUUUGAAGUUGACAAAGCUAUUAUCCAUAAGAAAUCCGGCCAAUCAAAUCUGUUUGAUAACGUCAUCAUGCACGUAAAGAAGAUGCCAUACCCUCCUUAUGUGGAAGAUCCAAUGUUGACUGCCAUCCAAAGUAACUUACCUCUCUUUUUAAUGCUUGGUUUCAUUUUAUAUGUUAUACAACUAACCAAGAACAUAGUAUUUGAAAAAGAACGAAAGCUAAAGGAAUCCAUGAAGAUGAUGGGGUUAAGCCCAAUUAUAUACUGGUUAUCAUGGUUUGUUACAGCGUUGAUCUACUUAGUGAUAGCAUGUCUGAUAUUUACUGUAUUGCUGGCAGUACCAGUUGGAUCACAUGGAAGCGUCCUCCCAAAUUCUGAUCCAACACUGAUGUUUUUCUUCUUCCUCUGCUUUGCAAUGUCUGUUAUUGGCCUGUCUUUCAUGAUCAGUACAUUCUUUAGUCAAGCAAACACUGGACUAUUUGCUGGAGGGAUGAUAUACUUUUUGACUUACUUCCCUUACUUUUUCCUAAAUAAUGAUGAUCAAUAUGGAGCUAUGUCAUUUGCACAGAAAGUUAUGGCGUGUCUUUUUGGUAAUGUUGCCAUGGCAUUUGGAGUCAAAACUGUUGCAGCGUAUGAAGGCACAGGUGAAGGUGCGCAGUGGUCAAACUUUUACAAACCACCCACAGUUGAUGCUGAUUUUACAUUACUGACAGCCAUAAUCAUGUUGCUGUGUGAUACUGUUCUAUAUCUUCUGAUCACGUGGUAUGUUGAUGCCGUUAUGCCUGGCGAAUAUGGAGUUGCAGAACCAUUAUAUUUUCCAUUCACUAAAAACUACUGGUGUGGAUCAAAGAAAAAGGAGAAGUACGAAAGAGAGCAUUCAGUAAUCGGCCUAGAUCCAGCAUACUUUGAGGCUGAACCUUCAGACAAAAAAGCUGGAAUAGCAAUACAGCAUUUAAGAAAGGUUUAUGGAAAUGGUAAAAAGAAGAAAAUUGCUGUAAGAGAUACGACACUCAACAUGUAUGAAGGAAAUAUAACCGCACUUUUAGGUCAUAAUGGAGCUGGUAAAACAACGACGAUGUCUAUGUUAACUGGAUUUAUUGAACCUACCAGUGGUACCGCUCAAGUAAAUGGAUUUGAUAUAAGAAAAGACAUAACAAGUGUUAGAAAAAGCAUUGGUCUUUGUCCACAGCACAACAUCUUGUUUGAAACAAUGACAAUUGAAGAGCACUUAAGAUUCUUUGCGAAGUUAAAAGGCUGUCCAUCUAAAGAUAUCAAUAAGGAGGUAAAUGAAAUGAUAUCUGUUCUGGGAAUAGAGUCCAAGAGAAAUAAGUUUUCAAGUACCCUAUCUGGAGGACAGAAACGGAAGUUGUCUGUUGGAAUUGCCCUUAUUGCAGGAUCGAAGACAGUUAUAUUGGAUGAACCAACUUCAGGGAUGGACCCAGCAGCCAGAAGGCAAACUUGGGAUAUACUUCAGAAGUUUAGAGCAGGCAGAACAAUUGUUUUGUCAACACAUUUCAUGGACGAAGCUGAUCUUUUGGGGGACAGAAUUGCCAUCAUGGCGGAAGGGGUUGUGAAAUGUUGUGGAACAUCUUAUUUUUUGAAAAAGACAUAUGGUGCUGGAUAUCAUCUUGUUAUGGUCAAAGACAAAUCAUGUAAUGUUGCCAAUGUAACAAACUUAGUGAAGUCUCAUGUGUCAUCUGCAUCAUUAGAAAGUGAAAUCAGUGCUGAACUGUCAUACCUGUUACCCUUUGAUAAAUCAGAAUUCUUUGAAAAACUACUUUUGGAAAUUGAGGCCAAGAGUUCAGAACUUGGUAUUGCAAGCUUUGGAACAACAGCAACUACAAUGGAAGAAGUUUUCUUGAAGGUUGGAGAGUCGGCAGAGGUUGAGGAAGACAGCCCAGAUAAAAAUUUGUUGGAGAGUUUUGAAAAUCCUGGUUACACCAUUGAUAAAAAAUCUGAGAAAAAUGGUUUCGGUUCUGGAGCAGAUAAUGCUAAUGUCAAUUCAGUUGGAAUGACACAAACAACAAAUGGUCAAUUCAUUGCAUUUAACAAAGACGUACAGAAAAAUCAUGGAUUUCACUUAAUGGUACAACAGUUUUAUGGAAUGUUUGUCAAGAAAAUAAUUCAUACGAUCCGAAAUCGUGUAGUUACAGGCGUUCAAUUAAUUGUCCCUGUUAUUUUCACUAUCAUGGCAUUAUCAAUUGAACUCUCCUUACCGAAAAUUUCUGAUGAACCUGUCUUGAAAAUGGACUUGAACCCUUUUGGAAAUGGGUUAACAGAGCUUUAUUUUUCUGGUGCUAGCCCAACGACUUUUACAACAGGUGUAGCUACCCAGUACAAAAAUUUACUAAGUUUACGAGGGGACUCUCCAACUAGCACAAAUAAUGGUUCUUUCGACGACGCUAUUCUUAGUAAAACAAAAACAGUCGGUGUUGCUACUUUUAAUAAGAAAUAUAUUAUUGGUUUAGAUAUGCAACAAGGUGUACAGAGUGGGACUCCCGUCACAGAAAUUACUGUUUAUUUUAACGGUCAGCCAUUUCACGGUCCAUCAAUAGCAAUGGCGUAUACCAUGAAUGCAAUUUUGAGGCACGCAAUGUCCUUAAAUAAUCACUCUAUCACCACUAGAAACUUUCCAUUGCCAAUAUCUCUAUCUGAAAAUAGUAGGGGAAUAUUCUUCUCAACCAUUGGAACAGGAUUUACCGUAGCAUUCACUGUGAUAUUUGGAAUGGCAUUCUUGAUCGGAAGCUUCGUUAUCUUCUUAAUCAAAGAACAAGCCAGUGGCGCUAAACACUUACAAAAGGUCAGCGGGGUUGGAGACGGAGAAUUCUGGUUUUCUAAUUUCUUAUGGGAUUUGAUCAACUAUUUGAUUCCAGUAUUUUUAAUAGUCAUAGUAUUCGCUGCUUUCAACACAGAUGCAUUUGUAAAGGAUCACCGUCUGGGGCUCUUGUUUUUAUUGUUUCUUCUGUUUGGCUGGAGUUCUUUGCCUUAUGUCUACGUCAUGCAGUUUCUAUUUAAAACAGCACCAGCAGGAAUGGUUGCUGUUAGCAUGCUGAAUAUUUUAUCAGGUCUAGCAACCUUGAUGGCAGUUUUUGUUUUAAAGAUACCAAGUUUAAACACUGCUGAUGUUGCCAAUGCCCUGGACUGGGUUUUUGCUAUGAUUUUUCCUACCUAUUGUAUGGGAUCUGGUAUAAUGAAUGUCUACACAAAUUAUGGCUAUACAGAAGGAUGCAAAGAAACUGGUUUUCCCCUGAUUUGCGCCAAAGUGCCAGAAAACCCGUGUUGUCCAGGAUGUAAAGAGUUUUGCUUUCCGUUUCAUGAAAGUUAUUUGGCAUGGGAUUUUCCAGGUGUUGGAAAGUAUGUCUGUUUUAUGGCUAUUCAAGGAUGUUUAUUUUUUCUCGUAUUAUUUCUCGUUGAAUCUGGUAUUCUUCGAAGAAAGUGUUCUUCUGCUAUGAAGAAAAAGAAAAUUGCAUCAUCUUAUGCUGAUUUGGGUGAAUCUCGACCAGGAGUUGUUGACGAAGACAGCGACGUUCAAGCAGAAAGAGACCGAAUUAACACAACAGAUGCUAAUUCUUUAAAAACAUCAGAUUCUAUAGUUGUAAAGAAUUUGAAGAAGUAUUACGAUAACUUUUUGGCUGUCGAUGAAAUAUGUGUGAGCGUUGCUCAACAAGAAUGUUUUGGAUUGCUUGGUCAAAAUGGGGCAGGAAAGACAACAACGUUUAAGAUGUUGACUGGAGAUGUAAUUCCGACCUCAGGAAAUGCUUGGUUGGAUUCGCACGACAUUAAACAUGAAAUGAAAACGGUACAAAGAAAUUUGGGAUACUGUCCGCAAUUUGACGCAUUGAUUGAUCAGAUGACUGGAAGAGAAACACUAACUAUGUUUGCACGAUUACGUGGUGUCUCUGAGAGUCAGGUUAAAAAUGUGGUCGUUGAUUUAUUGGAUAUCAUGAUGCUCAGACAGUAUGCGGAUAAAGAAUGUGGAACAUACAGUGGUGGUAAUAAAAGAAAGCUAAGCACCGCCAUAGCUCUUAUUGGUGAUCCGCAAUUUAUUUUUCUUGACGAACCAACAACAGGAAUGGACCCUGGUGCCAGACGACAGUUAUGGAAUGUUUUAUCACAAGUCAGAGCGAGUGGUAGAACAUUAGUUCUCACAUCACACAGCAUGGAAGAAUGUGAUGCACUCUGUACCAAGAUGGUUAUAAUGGUAAAUGGAAGAUUCGUAUGCUGUGGUAGUUCACAGCAUUUAAAGAACAAGUUUGGACAAGGUUAUACCCUCAUUUGUAAUAUGAAAAAUAGUAUAGAUGGAUCACACGUGUCGACAGAACCACUUAAACAAUUUCUUUGCACAGCAUUUCCUAGUACAAAAAUAUUUGAUGACCAUCAAGGUUAUUGCCAUUUUCAAAUAAUGGACAAAAACGUUUCCCUUGGAAAGGUAUUUGGUGCUAUGGAAAGUACUAAACAAAAGUAUGAUGUUGAGGAUUAUGCCAUUCAUCAAGCAACACUUGAACAAGUGUUCUUGGCAUUCACUCGAAACCAGGUGUCGCCAAAAGAAGAAGUACAAGACGGCAUUUGUAAACAAAUGUGUUGUUGUGUUCUAUGUUGUUGUUCUUAAGCAUAAUACAUUUGUAAAUUGUCAGGUUAUGAGAAGUCUGUAUAAUGUUUAAUCUGGUCUGAAAGUUAUUGUAAAAGCCAUUCUGCUAUAAUUCUGAGAAAGGUGCAUUUACUUAACAUGGGAGUGUAUUCAUAAAUAUUACCAACAAGUGCACCCUGUUAAGUAGUUUCAUGUAUCAACCAGAUUUGAUGUUUUACACAUAAACUCAUUGCAAAAUGAUAAUUUUGUCAAGCCUAUCUCAACUUUUUAUUUAUACAGACUUAUUUUUAUUUUUUUAUGGCAAUUUUAUAAAUUAAAUACCAUUUACUUUUUCAAAUAUCAGUUUAUAAAGUCUUUGAAAGUAAAGCUGUCCAUGUGCGUUCGUCUUUCUUUUAUGGUUUGCUGUUAACAGAAUUUAUUCAAUUUCAAACAUAAAAUACUGGAAUCGUUUUUAAAUCAUAUUAUGGUACACACGUGCUGAUGUUUUAUUUGCAAACGCUUGCAUAUUGUACAAAUAAACAAUAUAAUAAAUUUUAUAAAUGAUAAAAGUUUCCUACUUCCAACCGUUUAUUAUGGCUCUAAGCCACUUUGGGAAAAUUGGAUUGAGAUAUUGGUCGAAUAGUUAUAAGAAAUAUUUAAGUUAGUGGUUUUUUUUUCUCAAUAUUGAUAAGACUUUCGAUUACCAAUGGUAUUCAAAGUAGACUGCGUAGAAUGUUUAAAAUUAAAUCUAUGGUGGAAGCACAUUUUAAAAUCAUCUUUAAUAUUCGAUAUAAGCGAUAUCUAAAACGUUUGGUUGACGUUUUUAAAACAACAAAAAAAGUAAACUGAUACGUGAUAUUUUAUAAUUAAGGGACUGAUAUGAUCAAUAGUAAAGGUCUAUAAAUCUUGUUACAGGAAGCCGGUCCUUUCCUUCCAUUCAUUUUACUUUGAUAAUAGCAUUCAAAUAGUUUAAAUCAUUUGGUUGUCCUGACACUAAAUGCAUGUUGAGUAAAUUCAUAUUGAAUCUUCAACAUUCAGUUUUAUUAUGCAUUUAUAUUUAAUCUCACUGUAGCUAGAUCUAUGUAUUACAUGUUCAUCGGUUUACCUUAAUUAUGAAUCAAAACAAUAUGCUCAUGUCUUUUCAAAUUAGAAAAAUCACAAGCGAAACUAUUAAUUACUUAUCAUCCUCCAUGCAAUCAAAAGACGAAUAUUAAAUGUCCAGUGUGUGUGGUGGUUUUUUUUAUAUCUCAAAUAUGAAGCAUUCGAGCAAAAUGCAAGAGUCUUCGACAUUUUUUAUUGUUUAUAUUUUUUUCUUAAUCUUAACAAAGAUCUAUUUCUUCAAGAUUUCUUUUGUUUAGAAAUAGAUAAGGCUAUACUAAUUGCAUAACGUUGUUGUUGUUCAAUUCAAUUCUCAAAGUUAAAAUACACCAAUCGUUCUCCUUUUUUUUUUUUUUAACUUUAUGUACAAAAAAUCAUUGUAAGAAUGUGUCAUUAGUUUGGCUUUAUUUUUUUUGUAUAGUCACUCUAUGUAUUCAUUUCAAACCGUUCUGGCACCCCUGGAUUUAUUCAAACAACCAUUCAAAUACGAAUAGGAAAUUUAUGAGACUGUCAUCAAAGUGAGAGGGUUAGCACUAUAAAACCAGGUUUAAUCCACCAUUUUCUACAUUUGAAAAUGCCUGUACCAAUUCACGAAUAUGACAGUUCUUAGAUAUAGGAAGAUGUGGUGUGAGUGCCAAUGAGACAACUCUCCAUCCAAAUAACAAUUUAAAAAUUAAACCAUUAUAGGUUAAAGUACGGCCUUCAACACGGAGCCUUGGCUCACACCGAACAACAAGCUAUAAAGGGCCCCAAAAUUACUAGUGUAAAACCAUUCAAACGGGAAAACCAACGG